AUGGGAAAAAAGCUUUCGGGAGCACAGAAUAGAAAACGAAAGGCAGAGGAAAUCGCUGCUAAAAAAAAGGAACAAAAUAGUAUGGAAAAGUUCUUUAAACCUAUUGAUAACAAACCAAUAGAAUCUUUUGAAAAAUCAAAUGAAACUUUUGAUUCCGAAUUAAUGGAUAGUGGUACCUAUAAACAAAAACCUAGUUUAGACAUAGAAAAAAAUGAAAUUCAAACACAAUAUGAUGAACUCAGAUUUGACGACGACUUAGAUGUUCUAAAUGAAAGUACUGUUUGUGAUGUCAGUUAUUUGGAAAAUCCAGCCGAGUGGCCAUUAGCAAUAAAUAUGAAACGUAAUAUUAUAGAUAGAAUAGUAAUGAUUGGUCCAAAAAAAAUAUUUGAAAAUAUAUCUUAUCCGCUAGAUGAGCAUAAAAGGCAUUUUUCUAAUUUUCAUGUAUAUCGUAGUUGUGAAAAUGUUGAAAAAAUUAAAAGACGAUGGUUAAUUUAUUCAAAAACUUCUGAUAAAGUAUAUUGUUUUUGCUGCAAACUAUUCAAGCCAGAUAGUGGAACAUCGUUAGGACACAGGGGUUGUAAUGAUUGGAAGCAUAUAGGGUCUAUAUUAAGUGAUCAUGAAAAAUCUACACAUCAUUUUAUUGCUACUAGCAUAUGGAUUGAAUCUGAAACCCGUCUAAAAAAAAUGCUUGUAUAG